CCGGGAGCUCUCGCGAGAUCGGCGUAAUUGGGGCCUCCGCUUCCGGCGGCGGGAGCGGUGCAGAGUCAGCUGCGGGCGGGGGGCGCCACCGGUACCGGCACCGGCACCAGGAUCCGACCUCGCCUGCGGACGGAGCCAGCCAGCGCCGCCGUCACCAUGGGCAACAUCUUCGGGAACCUGCUGAAGAGCCUGAUCGGGAAGAAGGAGAUGAGGAUCCUGAUGGUGGGGCUGGACGCUGCCGGCAAGACCACGAUCCUCUACAAGCUGAAGCUGGGGGAGAUCGUCACCACCAUCCCCACCAUAGGGUUCAACGUGGAGACAGUGGAGUACAAGAACAUCAGCUUCACCGUGUGGGACGUGGGUGGGCAGGACAAGAUCCGGCCCCUCUGGAGGCAUUACUUCCAAAACACCCAGGGGUUGAUCUUCGUGGUGGACAGCAACGACCGGGAGCGAGUGAACGAGGCGCGGGAGGAGCUGAUGCGGAUGCUGGCGGAGGACGAGCUGCGGGACGCAGUGCUGCUGGUCUUUGCCAACAAGCAGGACCUGCCCAACGCCAUGAACGCUGCGGAGAUCACAGACAAGCUGGGGCUGCACUCCCUGCGCCACCGCAAUUGGUACAUCCAGGCCACCUGUGCCACCAGCGGGGAUGGGCUCUACGAGGGGCUCGACUGGCUUGCCAACCAGCUCAAGAACAAGAAGUGAGCAGGGCAGCAGCCGUCGGCCCCUGCCCCUUCCCUCUGCCCCCUUAGCCCCUUCCCUGGGGCUGUGCCAGGCCCGCUGACCCCACCCCCCCCCCUCUCCCUACACCCCUCCCCGCCCCCGGCUGCCCCCUGCCUACCUCCCCCCGGUUGGGUUUUGCUUUCUCCUGGCACCGGUUGCUGUGAGGUUCUUUUUGCCUUUCUUUGGGUUCCCCUCGGACCUCCUGUGUGUGUGCGUGGAACUAGAGCUCCAUCUGACCCACCGGGGAGGGGGCAGAGCCCUGCGAGAGAUAGGGGGGGAGGGGGUGGGCACACAGGGACCACUUCAACGCUGCCCUGCCUUGGGGGGGGGGGAAGGUUUUGGGGGGUGGGGAACGACCACGCCUGGGCACUCUGUACCUUUUGCAUGUCCCCUGCACCCUCUCUGCCUUCCUCUUGGACCAAAUGUGGGGGGCUGCAGGGGUCUCAGUAGGGGCAUUUGGGACCAGACACAUCCCCCCCCCCCCUCCCCCCUCCUCAUGUGCCCCAGUUCUCUUCUUCCCCCCCCCACCCUAAACCCAGGGGUGUCCUACAUGUCCCUGCCCCCUCCCCCCACUCCCCUCCCCCAGUGUCACUUUGAGGCAGGUCUCCUCCCCGCAGCGCAAUCCCUACGGGGGGGGGAGGUGUGGCGAUGUUGGGACCCUCUCCCCCCCCCCCCCAAACGGUCUUUGUGUCCGUCCCCCCCCACCCCCCACUCGCACUCCCCCCCCUCCCCCCUCAAUCCAAGCUGUGCCUCUCCUCCCCACCCUGGCUGCCUGCACCCUAACCCGAUGCCAGCAUAGUGAUUGUAUGUCCCUGCCCCUCACGGACGGACGGACGGACAGGUGGCCCCGUGCUGUACCCCCCCCACCCCUCCCCCAACCUUGGCACCGUAUUUAUACCCCCCUCCCCCCCUCCCCACCCUCCUCUCCUCCUUCCUUUCCCCCCUCCCCCCCCCCCGGGUCUGUGCUUGGUGUGACGUGUCGCUGCGGCUCUGCCCCGUCCGGGGACUUGUGUACUCGCCCCCUCCCCUCUCCCCACGCCUGAGAUGGUGUGGUAAAGCCCCCUCCCCAGCCCCCCCCCCCUUGGAUAUUAAACAUGUUUUAUGUA